AAACGAGGCGCAGCUGGAAGCACCUGCUGCUGUAACUUUGCUUCACACGAAACACGCACCCCGUACGGCGAGUAGUCAAUGGGGAGAGAGGGGAGGAGGUGAUAGUAGUCAGUAGCUUUUUUGCCUCCCCCCACGGCCCCCAAAAAUUCACCCCCCGAGAGAGAGAGAAAGAGAAAUGGUUGUCCGUGUCGAAAAGCCGGCGUGUAAGAAGAUAGUGCUGUUCAAUCUAAUCUCCAGCAACCGAGGGAGCGUUAAACAUGGAAGAAAAAGGUAUAAAAUUGCCCUGUCUCGUUGGCGGAGGGUGUCAUUUUUGGCUGUGCAGCUGGAAAGGUCGUGCCAAGGCCUACUUUUAAUGGAAGCGCAUUGAACCGAGCUGUAGUGAGCCCCUACCUGUGCAGCGUUUAGCGCCCCCUCGCGAAAAGCAUGUUUCGUUUGGUUGUGGUGAUCCUGUUCGGAUCUACGUGUGCAAUUAGCUGUACGAAAACGGUCCCACUAGAUUUCUGCUCGGAGUAUGAAGUGCUACACACGAAUCCACCCUGCUGCGAGUCAACCUGCGACUACGAAUGCUGCCGCACCCUGUGUCCGCAGAUGCUCGUGUACGAACCGACCUGUGUGUGCAUAGAAGGAUAUGUUCGAUACAACGGGGAGUGUAUCCCAAAGACGGAGUGUCCGUCUCAAUCAUCAACUGUACCGCCGUGCGUAACGCCGACGAUGCCACCACCAUGCAAAACGACCAAAGCAACAGCAGCGCCGUGUGUUACUACCACUCCAAAACCAUCACCACCACCACCACCACGCUGCAAUACGACGACUCCGGUGCGUUGUACAGAGCCUACUAAACCUCCGUGCUAUGCUACUACCAAACCGCCAUGCCCAAAUCCUCCCAUGCUACCGUACGUACUGACGACUCCCAAGCAGUACGGCUACACGCCUCCAUCCCGCCCAUCCAAUCCGCCCUCGGGCACAUAUGCUCCCCCUCCGUAUCAAGAGUUUCCUCCUCCCUAUCACUACCAAACCGUUCCACUGUACCGGCCGAAUCCUCCGUGCAGGACGACCGCCCCUGCUACGAAACCUCCCUGCACAACACCCCCCACCACCCAGCCACCGUGCACAACGACGCCGAAACCCUGUCCAACGACCACAAAAGCACCACCCUGUCCUACAACGACCACACCACCACCCUGUCCGACGACGACGACGCCUCCAACACCUUGUCCUACAACUGCCGCACCCUGUACGAAACCGCCAGUGUCCUGUGCAGCCUGCGAGGAGCUCGUGUUUAUGCAGCCCUGCUGCGAACCGACGUGCGAUUACGACUGUGCCGAUAAUAGCGCCUGUCCACUGCUGCUGGUCGAGCAUCCGACGUGUGCAUGCCGGCCAGGAACGGUGCGCUACCAAGGCCACUGUAUAGAACCUUCCGCGUGUCCGAAAAGUACGUCCCGCUAUCGGCUGUACGUACCGCUGGCGGCGCAUUGUCUAAAGUGUGGCAAAUGAACGAGUGAGUGGGGGGAGUGAUGCUAGAGUGAUUGUUCAAAGUACACUGAUUAGUCGUAUAAGGCGCUAUAAGUUUGUUUCUGUAUGUGAAGGUUAUGUUUAUUUUUGAUAAAUAAAAAAUGAAAACGAUUUUUAUACACUAUUUCGCUGUGAGAGAAAAUUCUUGUUCUUUUUAGGGACCUUUGACUUAUUCAAAAAUACAUGGAAGCUUAGUGUACACAUGUGAGGCUCAUUUUAAGCACAAUUUGGAAGAGCGAGAGUGUUAUAAGCAGAUAUUCUUUGAUGGGAUAGGAUUCGAUGUCCAAAGUAGUAGGAGUUGGCAAGUCUAUAACCAUCGGAUCAUCCGGCCUACCGAUCCAAUUCAGCAUCUCGUCCUUAAUGGCAGACGCCUCCACGUCAUCAUGCCAACUUAUCUAGGGCCUACCAUGCCCCUUCCAAAAUCCUUCCAAACGACCUAAAAGAACAUCACGAACUUUGUUGUUCGGUUCCAUUUAUAUAACAUGACCAGCAUAACAUAACAUGAUCACCGGAGCCUGAUGAGCUUGACACGAGCAUCUUCCUCUUGAAUAAGACUGAGAGGAUUUCGUCAGAUUGGGAUAGUGUUCUUGAAGUUCUCAGACGUGUAUGUGAGCAGUGGCACUGUGAACGUGCCACCGUUGUGACAUGUUCUUUGAGGUAAACUGCUGCCCGAGACCAUAGAAUGAUCCGUUGGCAGCUUGCAUCAUUGCACCGCAACUCAGUUUCCAUGCUAUUGUCGGUGCUGACCUUUGACCCAAAAUAGGUGAAAUCUUCCAAAGUGUGUAACGACCUAUCCGUCAGCUCUACGUAGGUAUGCGUUUGUUUAUAGGGCCACUGGUAGUCCCUCCAAAUUCAAGCAUGCCCGUGAUGAGCUCAACCUUCGUAUGGACUGAACCUCCCAUCCCUGCUUUCGGUAUCCAAACUAGCCCAUUAAACUAGGCUGGGCUAGUACAACUACACUUGUUGUGCUAUAUAAGAUGAAUAAUGUAAUGUAAGAUGAAUAAUAAUAAUGAAUAAUGAAUGUGUCCAAAACGAGGACCUAUAACUUGAUGUACUUCGAUGCCUGUAUAUCAGUUCCAAAAAACACACCUAAGCUACUAAUAACUUCAGCUCACUCUCUGUUUUACCUACUAGAACGACACAUGACCACAUGACCAAUGCAAUUUUCAAGAGAAUAGAUUACCAAGAAUGAACGAAAUCGAAGUACACCAUGACUUAAUGUUCGAUGCGCAGUCGCAUGCUCAGCUCACGCGUAGUGUUACGUCUCCAUCGAUUCAAUGUUUGAACUAAAACACUACAGAACUAGGGCACUGUGGCGUUGCUUUUGUGCCACAUUACGGUAGAACAUUCUUACCGGUGAAAAUCAGCACAGCCGUGCACAUGUUCCACUUGUUAAUGGCGCUUAUCCACCUGCCGGCUGUGCUGUGGCACGUACCCGU